CAAAUAUAUCCACAAUGACUAAUAAUAAAGCUGUGGCGUCAAUGCUCUUGCCGCUCAAUUUCUGUAUGUAUGUUAUCGUCUUGGCCAUUGCAGCCUGGGCUACCAACAAAGCUAUACUUGAAGGCUUCUUUAUCGCAGGCCCGGGAUUCGAUCUACCCCCACAAUUCUCUCCGAUAAGUUUUCCGAUGGGGAACGCCGCUACCGGAUUCUUUGUUGUGUUCUCCCUGAUUGCGGGCGUGUUCGGAGUUGCAUCCAUCAUAGUCGGCAUUCACCACUGGAACCGUGACACUGAUCAUAUGCCUUGUGCUGCUACUUCAGCAGCAGCGAUUGCCUGGACUCUUACUGCCCUUGCCAUGGGAUUUGCCUGGAAGGAGAUUGAACUCCAAAACAGGAACGCCAAUCUGAGGACAAUGGAAGCUUUCCUGAUCAUCCUCACCGUUACUCAACUGCUCUACAUAGCAGCCAUCUGCCGCGGCUCAGCAGCAGCAGCAAGAUUCACAUGAAUAUGAAGUGGAUACGUUCUAUACAUACAAAGCAUCAUCUUAUUAUACGGAGUAUACUGCAUGCAUGAAAGAACUAGAGAUCCAAUUAAAGAUUAAAUAAACGAAUAUUUUUUAAAAUCAGCAUCAUUGUAAACCAUAUUUGUUUAUCAAUAAAUAGAUUGCUUUUGGAAUGUUAUCGUUGUGUCCGAGG